UAAAAUACAUAGGUAUAACCUAUAGACGCUCACGGUGACGGUGCAAAAGGCAUAUGGCUGGAAGUAGAACCUCUAGAUACUCUCAUAAGGCAUACGCAAAUUCGUCACUCAUACGUUAAUUCCAAAGCUCGAAAUUCAGAAGCUCGUUCCAGGUUGUAGUGAGCUGUUUUAGAUCUUCUAACUUUGGCCAGGACGGUUGUGUAUCAUACAGGAAGGAUUUGAUUUUAUAAAUAUCAUGGGCUUCUGAAGUUCAAAGAUAUUGGAUACGUAGGUUUAAUCUGUAUACUUGGAAGUUAGUGGCUGAACAAGUUACACAUGGGCUGCACUUGUACUUCUGGAGCACUACUUUUGGAUAAUUUGGCAGUUUUCACAUAUCAAGCCAAAUCCAUCUCGCAACUUAGAAACCCCAAGGCUCGUUGGGAAGCACAUUACAUUACAUUAACGACCAAAGUCAAUUUCUUGCAGCGUACUGUUGCAACUAAAGCAUUUGAGUUGAGACAUGUGGCUCCUUCAUUAGGACCUGAUUUCUUGUUCGAUAGUGGCAACUCAGGGGAUCAUGGCAACAACAAUAAUAACAACAAUGGUAAUGGAAACAAUAAUGAUAAGAAUGAUAAUGAUGGUGGUAGUAACCAUGGAGAAAGUCAUGGUGCAAAUCUGCACACCAUUGCAUUGUUUUGGAUCUAUCACUUGACUUCCUUUUUCAGUGGCCGAAUAUGGAAUGGAAAGCUCAAUAUGAGAGAGGGGAUGUUUUCUCCUCAACUGGUUUUGCUGUGCUUGCUGGCAGUUUUAGGUUUUCUUCGCCUGCUCCAUUUAGAUUCUGCAAUUGCAUUAGAAAGAAUUAAUGAGGAGGUUGUAUGGGAGAUCAAAGGAAGUCAGAGGACAAAGCUUAUUCCUGAUCCUUCUAAAGAUGAAUUUGUGGUGGUUCCAUCAUCAUCUUUAAUGCCUUCAUCAACAUCGGCUAAGGGGGAUAUGGGUUUUAGAAAUCUUAAUCCCUCAGUCCUACUUCCUAGUCUAUGGCUACUAUGCAAAGAUUUAGUAUUCCGUUUGAUGCUACCAGAAGGUUUUCCUGAGAGUGUGACGAGUGAUUAUUUGGACUACUCUUUGUGGAGAGGGGUCCAGGGUAUUGCUAGCCAGAUUAGCGGGGUACUGGCCACACAGUCUUUGCUCUUUGCUGUGGGGCUAGGAAAAGGAGCGAUUCCAACUGCAGCGGCAAUAAAUUGGGUUCUUAAGGAUGGAAUUGGAUACCUUAGCAAGAUCAUGCUAUCUAAAUAUGGGAGACACUUUGAUGUCCAUCCAAAAGGAUGGAGGUUGUUUGCUGAUCUUUUAGAAAAUACUGCAUUUGGAUUGGAGAUACUAACACUUGCUUUUCCUCAUCUUUUCAUCUUCAUUGGUGCUACUGCUGGAGCUGGAAGAUCUGCUGCUACACUAAUCCAGGCUGCCACAAGAAGCUGUUUUUAUGCAGGCUUUGCUGCAAAGAGGAAUUUUGCAGAGGUAAUCGCAAAGGGUGAAGCACAAGGAAUGGUCAGCAAGUCAGUCGGUAUCAUGCUUGGGAUAGCAUUAGCUAAUUGCAUAGGCUCCUCAGUACCACUUGCCCUCGCUUGCUUUGGUGUCAUAACUUGGGUCCACAUGUUCUGCAAUCUGAAGUCUUAUCAAUCCAUUCAACUGAGGACUUUGAAUCCCUAUCGAGCAAGCUUGGUGUUCAGUGAAUAUCUGUUGAGUGGUCAGGUGCCUUCUGUUAAAGACGUUAAUGACGAGGAACCUCUUUUUCCAGCAUUACCUAUUCUGAAUUUGAGGCCUCCUUACAAACCAGGCUCUUCAAAUCUAUCUCUCGUAGCCAAGAAUGCAGCUGCAGAAAUUGAGAGGAGGCUGGAGCUGGGAUCCACACUUAGUGAUGUCAUUCAGAGAAGGGAGGAUGCGGCUGCUCUUCUCGAUCUCUAUAGAAAUGAAGGCUACUUAUUAACCGAGCACAAUGGAAAAUUCUGUGUUAUACUUAAAGAAAGCGCUUCGCCACAAGACAUGCUCAUGUCUUUGUACCAGACCAAUUUCCUUUAUUGGCUCGAGACAAAUGCUGGAUUGAAAUCGAAAAAUGUUUGUGAUGACUGUGGACCUGGUGGGAAGUUGCAGAUAUCUCUCGAUUAUGUGCGAAGGGAGUUUGAUCAUUUGAAGCAUGAUAGUGAAUCAGCAGGUUGGGUCACUAAUGGUCUCAUCGCUAGGCCUUUGCCUCACAGGAUUUGUCUUAACAACACAAUUUCCGCUGCACCUAGUAGCUAAUGUUGGCAUAAGAUCUGGACAGUUCUAGCAGCAACAUGAUAAACAGAUAUAUUCGAUGGCUUAACUGUCAUAUGUGAUAGUGGUUUCGGGAACUUCAGGCUUUAUGCUAACAGAAUUAAAAGCAAUGAGCAAGGGCGGCUGAGAGGCAAUGGUCUAGUUUGUGGUUUCUGUAUGUGAAGGGAAGUUCGUGCCCUAAUGGAGUCAAUUCUAUCUUGCACAAAAAUUUUAUGGAAGUUGCGUGUCCAUUUCGUACAUGACACAUUUAUGCGUUUCGGAAUUUCAUGGGAACUUUCUCAUGGAAGGAAUAUCAUAUAAAUACCCUUUUUCUCUUAUUGUUUUAUAUCAAUUUUUCAUUUCCAUGCUACAUAGGAGUCAAUUAUUGUGAAAACUAUCAAGGAAUCAAACUCCUAGAUAUUUUAUUUUAUAAGGAUGAUAGCAUAGAUGAUGUAGAUAGACGAAUUAACUACAACAACAAUGUCGAAUUCUUAAUCUAAUUCGGGUAGGGUGCAUUGCAUGAGUAAAAAUUUCAUCUUUUGUGGUAGUUA